AUGGCGACCAUGAGAUGUAUGAGAUCCCUGGCUCGGCCGGCUUUGAAUAUCAGAUCAGCAGCACCGGCAAUAUCAAUGACGGCGAGGAGAAAUGCAUCAUCUAAACAUCCAAAGGGAUUCGAAGCUCCCUCUCAGAAUGAACUCGACGAACUGCGUGAACGAGUACAGGAAUUUACACGGCGCGAGAUUCCGGAGGAAGUAGCUUCCAAAACAGACAAAACCAACAAUUUUCCCAAUGAAAUGUGGCAAAAGAUGGGAGAUGCUGGAUUUUUAGGAAUCACUGUUGAUGAGGACGUCGGUGGCUUAGCAAUGGGAUACCAAGCCCAUUGUGUAGUUAUGGAAGAAAUCUCAAGGGCUUCAGGAUCCAUUGGUUUAAGUUACGCAGCUCACUCACAACUUUGUGUUAACCAGCUUCAACUGAACGGUAAUGCUGAGCAAAAGCAAAAGUUCUUACCGGGACUGAUUGCCGGGACUAAAGUCGGGGCUUUAGCGAUGAGUGAGAGCGGAGCUGGAAGCGAUGUUGUCAGUAUGAGAACAACAGCAAAGGCUGUAGACGGAGGUUACGUGUUGAACGGAACAAAGAUGUGGAUCACGAAUGGCCCAGAUGCAGAUGUUAUUGUGGUUUAUGCUAAGACGGAGCCAAAUGGCGGGUCCAAAGGCAUCACCGCUUUCCUGGUUGAAAAGCAAUUUGAAGGAUUCAGCUGUGCGAGGAAGCUAGAUAAGAUGGGUAUGCGGGGAAGUAACACCGGAGAACUAGUGUUUGAAGGUGUCUUCGUGCCAAAAGAAAACGUUCUGGGUGAGAUCAACCGCGGUGUGAAGGUGUUGAUGGAAGGACUCGAUAUCGAACGACUUGUUCUCAGUGCUGGACCAUUGGGAAUCAUGCAGGCAGCAUUAGACGUCACACUUCCAUUUACUCACCAGAGAAAACAAUUCGGAGCGCCAAUUGCUCACAACCAACUAGUUCAAGGGAAACUGGCAGAUAUGUACACCAAGCUGCAAGCAUCUAGGGCAUACACAUACGACACUGCUCGAAAGGUUGAUGAAAUCGGCCAGAUCAGAACACAAGAUUGUGCUGGAGCUAUUCUAUAUGCAGCAGAAAGAGCUACAGAGUGUACCCUGGACUGUAUCCAGUUAUUAGGAGGAAUGGGAUAUGUAGAGGAGAUGCCUGCUUCACGGUUAUUACGAGAUGCAAAAUUAUAUGAGAUAGGAGCUGGCACAAGCGAGAUUCGGAGGAUGGUAUUAGGAAGGGCAUUCAACAAAGAAUACGCUAGUUUUGCACAGUAG